AUGUCUAUCGUCGAUCUUGAAAAGGAGGCCAGUAGCUUCACAGGCCCUACCAAGUUACCUUCGAAAUCCUCGAAGUCGAUUUCUGUAGAUACUACAGUGGAGAUCAUCGAGGAAAAAGGUAGUGCCAGUGAACUACCGGUGGUUCUACCCCCGAAAAAUGGACACUCAAGUCUGACAAGGUGGCUCAAACUCAUCUUUUUCUCGUAUUACCGGAAGACCUUCUCGAUCAUCUUCCUCGCAAACCUUAUUGCUUUCAUCACCUUUGUCGUUCAGAACAACGGGACACCCAAAACUCCCGACGUUGGUAGCGCUGCAUCCGCGAACCUAAUGGUCGCCCUUCUCUUCCGUCAGGAAAAUUUCGUCAACCUCGUCUAUGAGAUCGCCGUUGCCUGUCCUCACAGUGCACCUCUAUGGCUCCGUCGUCGACUGGCGAAGGUCUUCCAUUAUGGCGGUGCUCAUAGUGGUGCAGGUGUAGCUGCUGUUGUGUGGUACAUCAUGUACACCGCUCUCACCACCAAAGACUACAUCGCCCAUCGAUCCGCCAGUGCCAGUGCCAGUGCCAGUGGCGCAUCCCUUGCCAAUCUCAUCACAUCCUACGUCCUCGUCACCAUGUUUUGCCUCAUCCUCGCUGGUGCCUACCCACGUUUCCGCGUCCUGUAUCACGACUAUUUCGAAGCCCUGCACCGAUAUUCAGGCUGGGUUGCGCUUUGCACCUUCUGGGUCCACACGAUCUUUGCGGCGGAGGAGUACAGGGUUUUGGAAGAGGACGUCCUUCCCCUCGGUCUUUAUCUCAUCCAAACACCAAACUUUUGGACACUGUGCAUCUCGACGAGCUGCACAAUUCUCUCUUGGGGCCGUCUCCGUCGCCAGGAUGUUUACCCGGAAGUCCUCUCCAAUCAUGCUAUCCGCCUACACUUCAAGUACCGGAACAUGAAACCGUUCUAUGGUUUGAAGGUAUCAACGAAGCCAUUACUUGAAUGGCAUGCGUUUGCCACUAUUCCCAAUGAGGACGUGAACGGGAAGCCAGAUGGCUUUUCAGUCUUGAUUUCCAACGCGGGCGAUUGGACGAAGGAGACGAUCACGAACCCGCCGAAGAAACUUUGGGUCCGUGGGUAUCCCCUCCAUGGUUUAAUUUACACUUCCAAACUAUUCAAAAGGAUUGUCGUCGUUGCUACGGGAUCUGGAAUAGGACCUACACUUUCUCUUUUCUAUGCGAAUGUGACGCCACGACGGAUAUUUUGGUCGACGCCUGCGCCGGAGACGACGUAUGGGGAUAAGGUGGUGGGUGCUGUGAAGAAGGCUGAUCCUGAUGCUAGGAUUUGGGAUACGAGGAAGGAGGGAAGACCGGAUAUGUUAUUUGAAACGUAUAAAUUGGUGUUGGAGUCUGAUGCUGAAGCCGUCUUCAUCAUUUCCAACCCAAAGUUGACAAGGAGAGUGGUGUUUGGGAUGGAGAGUCGGGGGAUUCCCGCAUACGGAGCCAUCUUUGAUUCGUGA